UCGUAAAAUUUCACAUAUCUUUAUUAUUCUUUUAAAAAAUAUUUAUUUAACAAUAUUUUUAAAAAUAUCAUAAUCUGCACAUUAUUACCUAGUAAAAUACUAUUUCACGAUCGUUAUCCACAUAUAGUGAGAAGAGAAGUCUUUUUUACUCAUAGAUUCGUAAAAUGGUAAAUGAAGGAAACAUUCUCUCGUGUUAUAUAUUUACAUAGGUGAGUUGAGACAUUAUAGACCUCUUUUAGAUUCAUAUGGACGUACAUGCCUACUAACAAAAUAAAUACAAAAUUUUAUUCUUACCUAUUACAUUUUAUAGUUUUUAUUACUCUCAAUUAAUUGACUUAAGUAAUAAAGACAUUCUCAUUUAAUAAAAACAACUGUAGUGUCUUCAUAAAAGACGAAGAAAACAUAUUUACUUGCAUAUUUUGCAUCUUCUUCCUUAUUUAUUCUAUUAAAUUAAAAUAUCACUUCCAAAAAAUACAAAACUAAAAAUUUCAGAACAAGAUAGAGAGAGAGAGAGAGAGAGAAAGGGAGAUUACAACCACAAUGGACGAUUCAAACACAAGAAGCCAAACUAAGAAGACGAAGAAGCUUCAGAAAGACAAGAACAAGAACAAGAAGAACAACAUCCCUACUGUUUGGUUCUCUCUCAAGAAAUCUCUCCACUGCAAAUCCGAACCAUCCGACGUCCACGUCCCCAAAUCCACAAAACACCUCACCACAAUCUCCACCAAGCGCAUCUCCACCGCCAACUCCUCCCUACCCUCCGCCGGAUGCGGCGGCGGCUUAUCCGGAUGCUCGAGAUCGAUAGCGAAUCUCAAAGACGUGAUCCACGGGAGCAAACGCCACUUCGAGAAACCGCCGAUAAGCAGUCCUCGCUCCAUCGGAAGCAACGAGUUCCUCAACCCCAUAACUCACGAAGUCAUCCUCAGCAACUCCACCUGCGAGCUCAAAAUCACCGGCGUCGGAGACAUGGCUUCCCCCGCCGGAGCAACGGAAUCCGGCGGUGGCGGCGGAGGAAACGGACGGUCGACGACUUUUGUGGGGAUGCUGAGGCCGGGGACGCCGAUGCAUCAUCUGAACCACUCUGCUUCUCACCGGAGCCAUGCUUCGUCGACGGCGGCGAAAAAGGGAUCCUUUGCUUCGUCGGAGAGAGAGGUAACAGGAGAAGGGUUUCACACAAAGAGGAGAGUUUCUUUGGAGAUGAACAGAGACUCCGCCGUCAACGGAGGCAAAUACUCUGUUUCUUGCCAUAAAUGUGGUGAACAGUUCAGCAAACUCGAAGCUGCAGAAGCUCAUCAUCUCUCUAAACACGCCGUGACGGAGCUCGUAGAAGGCGACUCGUCGAGGAAGAUAGUGGAGAUAAUCUGUAGAACGAGCUGGUUAAAGUCAGAGAACCAAUGCGGGAGAAUAGACCGUGUCCUAAAAGUACACAACAUGCAGAAGACACUAGCUCGGUUCGAGGAGUACAGAGAGACGGUGAAGAUCAGAGCGAGCAAGCUCCAGAAGAAGCACCCGAGAUGUCUCGCCGACGGCAACGAGCUCCUCAGGUUCCACGGCACCACCGUGGCUUGCGGUUUGGGGAUAAACGGGUCGACGAGCCUCUGCACGGCGGAAAAGUGCUGCGUCUGCCGGAUCAUACGGAACGGGUUCUCGGCGAAGCGGGAGAAGAAUAACGGUGUUGGGGUUUUCACGGCGUCGACGAGCGGGAGAGCGUUUGAGUCGAUUUUGGUGGAGGAGGGAGAUGGGGAGAGGACGGUGACGGUGAGGAAGGUGUUGAUUGUGUGUAGGGUUAUAGCCGGGAGAGUUCAUAGGCCGGUGGAGAAUGUGGAGGAGGUGAAUGGGUUGAUGAUGAGUGGGUUUGAUUCUUUGGCUGGAAAAGUUGGGUUGUAUACAAAUGUGGAGGAGCUUUAUUUGCUCAAUCCUAGAGCUUUGCUUCCUUGCUUUGUGGUAAUCUGCAAGUCUUAAAAAAUAUUUAGCAUUUUUGUUUUGGCAGAAAGGUCAAAAUGUUCUUGUUAUUUGUUUAUAAUUUCUAGUUUUUACCAUCUUGUUCCGAAUUUGUUUUCAAGGUGAAUUUGGAAUUUAAGUUUUUAAUUUUUGGCUAGUUUAUGUCUGAGUUCUUAAUUAUUCUUACCUAGAGAGACAAAAAUAUUUUGUUCA